AUGCCGCUUCGAAUGCUACACAGUGCUGCAGAGCAGGACUUAGACCAGUCGUUACAACGGUUUUGGGCCUUGGAGGAGUUACCCACGGUCACUUCAACGUUAAAGCCAUUAGAUGAAGCAUGUGAAAAGCUAUUUAGGGAAUCGCAUGUUCGCAAUUCUGACGGUCGAUUCGUUGUGCAUCUCCCUUUAAAGUCUGAACCUCCUGCUGCCGGUCCGGAAACAAAACGUAUGGCCAUGGGCUCACUUGCUCAUAUGUAUCGUCGGUUUGCUCGCGAUCCGAAAUUAGCUUUGGCAUAUCGCGAAUUUAUGACGGUCUACGAAAAUUUGGGACAUAUGGAGCGAAUUCCCGCGUCGGAACUUGAUAAUUCGCGUGCAUGGUAUUUACCUCAUCACGCGGUUGUACAAUCUACACCGUUGAAAUGGAAGAUUCGGGUGGUUUUUGAUGCGUCGCGAAAGACCCGCGAUGGGCACUGUUUGAAUGAUUUUCUCUUGGCGGGACCUGCUCUUCAGCGCGAUCUUUCGUUGAUUUUACUAAAUUGGCGUCGGUACCGUUUCGUGUUUACCGCGGACGUGGUCAAGAUGUUUAGGCAAAUUUGCGUUGCGCGUGAUGAUCAGGAUUUGCAGCGAAUAGUAUGGGCUCCUAGUUCUUCGGAGAUGCCGGUGGUAUAUCGUUUGACCACCGUCACGUAUGGGGCGGCGUGUGCUCCCUACCUUGCGAUACGUACGCUCCUGCAGUUAGCGGAGGAUGAGAAAUCGCGUUUUCCACUCGGAGCUCAAUGCUUGGAAUUCAAUACGUACGUGGACGACACGUUUUCGGGUGCGGACGAACUUUCAAUCGCGUUGCGUACUAGACAGGAGCUCAUUGAACUUCUGAAGUCGGCGGGCGUCGAGCUUGAUAAAUCGAUAAAUCUAGAUGAGUCGGUUAAAACGCUGGGGGUUCAGUGGAAUCCACAUCACGAUGAGUUUCGUUUCACCACGUCAGGUUUUAAAGAUUUGUCCAGAGAGGUGACCAAACGGGACGUCCUUUCAAAUAUUGCGCGCUUGUUUGAUCCGCUGGGGUGGUUGGCUCCGGUCACGAUAAGCGCCAAAAUCUUAAUGCAGGAUCUUUGGAUUCUGAAGGUCGGCUGGGAUUCCGUUUUACCGGUGGAAGUACAGGAUAGAUGGAGUGAAUAUUGUAAUUCACUUUCGGCCAUGCCUGCAUUGUCAAUUAAUCGAUGGUUGGGAGCCUCUUGCGAUUCGGGUUCGCAAAUUCACGGGUUUUCCGACGCUUCAUCCCGCGCUUAUGCGGCGGCGGUUUAUAUUCGAAUUAACGAAGCAGAUGAUCGUUUCCGUGUCGUACUUUUAGCUGCCAAAAGUAAGGUUGCUCCGAUAAAGACCGUGAGCAUUCCAAAUCUCGAACUGUGUGGAGCGAUGUUGCUUGUUAAGCUUCUUCGUCACGUGCGGAAGCUUGAUUUUUUGCAGAGUAUACCAGUAUUUGCAUGGUCAGACAGUCAGAUUGUUCUGAUGUGGCUUCGGAAACACCCAUGCCACUGGAAGACUUUCGUGGCAAACCGGGUGUCCUUUAUCCAGACAGAGAUGCCGGGUGCUAAAUGGGCACAUGUGCCUACUGGAGAAAAUCCUGCGGAUUUGGCUACGCGUGGAUGUAGGCCUGCAGUCUUGAUUGAGGCACGUCCGUGGUGGCAUGGGCCUGACUGGCUUGCGAUGCACGAGGAGCUUUGGCCCAAGGUGGCACUGGCUCCGCAGGUUUUGCUUGUGAAGGCGACUCCGAGUGAUCCGGAGAUUUUGACUAAAUUUUCCUCAUUGACUCGGCUAAUUCGCGUGGUGGCUUAUUGUCUGCGCCCAUUAGUUGGCUUGCGAAGGCGCAAGGGUAACCUUCCUGCAUUGCCGGAAUUUUUGACUGCGUCAGAGUUGUCUGGCGCUCGGAUUGCUUUGAUUAGGUUAGCACAGACGCAUGCAUUUGAAGCAGAGAUUAAGUUACUGCAGAUGGGAAAGAGUUUGGCAAAGCGUAACCCGCUACUUAGUUUGGAUCCGUUUUUAGACAAGUUGGACGGUAUUUUGCGUGUUGGGGGCCGUCUUGGGAAUUCGGUGCUGUCACAUGAUCGUAAGCAUCCGCCUAUCUUGCCACGUCGUUCGCCGCUUAGUCGGUUAUUUGUGCGAUAUGCACAUCGUGCUUGUCUUCAUGGUGGACCUACGCUCACUUUGUGUACCGUGAUGCAGCAUGCGUGGAUUCUAGGCAGGAAUCGUCUAGUGAAAACUGAAAUUCGUCACUGCGUCAGCGAGUGA